AUGUGCCAGGUUGAAUCGCAUAAAUCGCAGACCUGCGGUCACAAGUGGGCGACGAUUGUCGAGCAGUGCCACAAAGGAGCAGGGUUCAGCAAGACUUCUGUCCACCCCAUCACCAAAGCGCGAACAGGACUCUGCCAACCAAGAUACAUUUCAGCGCCUGCGGGUAGCUGCCCGAACUGCGACAAGAAAGGGGACUAUGAUGCCAACGGGACGCGCAUGAUCCUGGGGAAGAGAGAUCGAGGGACAUUGGGAAAUGGGUAUACCAUGACCGACGGUUACGGAAAGCCGCUACCUAUGUCUGGAUCCUAUCCUUAUGGGUACAGUGUCACUGCCUGUGGCAUG